AUGUCAAGUCCUAAAUAUUUAUACACCUUAGACCUCGAAUCUGAGAAUUUAAUACUCCAUAAUUCUGAAAAGUAAAUAAUAUCAGGUGCUAAGGACAUACAAUUUUGGAAAAUAAAAAACAAUAGUUGGUACUGCUCCCAAAUUAUUAAUUAACUAGAGGAAAGUGAAAUUUUUGGGUUAUCAAUAGAUCAUGAAGGAAGCACAAUAGUCGCCUGCUGUAAAAAUAAAAAAAUCCUUGUUUUAAAAUGCAAUUCAACUUCCAAUUGGCUUGUAGCUUAGAUAAUAGUAGUGAAUCUUCCUGGAUAUAGAAUAUGCUUUAUAAACGAUGAUGCCUUCACUUUCUAGCCAAUUUUCAGAGGAAAAAUUAUUUUGUAUGCAAAGAAUAAACAAAACAUGUUUACAAAAAGAAGAGUUUUUAAAAUAGAACCUGGAGGUUCAAUAUUUAGUCUAAUGAAAUGUUGCUUUCAAUUUCCUCCAAUAUUCGAUAAAAACAAAGAACUUUUAAUCAAUAAAAAUAAUCAAUAGUUAUAAAUCAUCAGCUUUCAUAAAGAAUAAACAAACAGAGUUAAAUGGGAAUUAAAAAUAGAAUAACAACUUUGGUUUAAUUGCUUUUACUUCCAUGGUGCUAUAACUCAUAAUGGAGAUCUCUUAAUAACAUAUGAUAGAAGGAAGAAUAUGUGCUAGGUUUGGCAACAUCGAGAUGCAAUAAGAAAAAUAGGGAGAUAUUAAUAAAAUAAAAAUAAAUAAAUAAAAUGA